AUGACAACGAAGAAUAAGCUGCCUCAUGAGCACCCCUUUCCAUCAUGGUACCAUUCACUGCACGCAUACAGCCGCGCCUCAGAGGACUUGCGCCGCCAAGCAGAGAAAAUGCGGCAACGCGGACGAGCCAUUAGAAUUGAGACAGACGCCCUGACAAAGUUUUAUCAACUUGACAUAAACAAUCGCUUGCGACAUCGCAUCAACUGCAAUCGAGAAUGGUUGCAAAUACUAGGCGAUUUGCUGAGACAAAUCCUCGAAGUUACGCAAGCCCUUGGGGACACCAAGAUUCAGGCUGAUCAGUUUAUUGCCGACCUGGGUGAUGCAAUGACAGUCAAUGUGGAAACUCUGACGCACAGAGACACUCGGCUGGACGGUGACUACGUCCAAGACGACGUCCAGGAGGAACUCAGAAGGGAAGCCAAACUGCAAAACGAUGUGAAAUCACGCCUUCAGUUUACGAUAGACGACGCCGUCGCCCACCUCCAGGCCUUGAUUGCCAUUCGAAGGGAGGUAGAGAAGGCGAUUAGAGACAAGGAAGAGGCCAAGAAAAUCGACUUGGACGUGUACAACUCCAACGAAAAGUCCGCUCCCGUGGGCUUCAAACCGUUCUGUGAUCGAGAGACCAAAAAUCAUUUAGACUUGCAAGUUUGGGAGGAUUUAUUUCGUGACCUGCUCUCCCGCGGUCACGAGCAGGUUCUGAAAGGCCUGGAACUCUGUGAGAGGCUCUACGACGAGUUGAACAAGGCGGCGCACCGCCUUGAGCAGAAGGCCAAGGAGGUCGCGCAGCGCUUGAGACGUCGCAUUUUUGAGUACAACAGUGCCAUCAGGGAGCUGAAGUUUCAGCACAAACAGUUAGAGAAGACCAGGUCGCAGCUACGCUUCGACAUCAGAGAGUGGCAGUCAGCUCGCGAGGCCAAAACCGCGAGCUACAAACUCGCGCAGUCACGCAAGGAGGCGCGGACAUUCCGGCCGGGCAUCGAGAACGCCGCCGACGCGCCCUACUUCGGUCUCAGAGAUGAAUGCGACAAUCUGAUUGAAUGCAUGGACGGCCUGGAUGAGCAAAUCAUGAAGGGGAGGGAGAACCUUCAGCUGGUGGAGGACCGUAUGGGGGAGGUCUGUGAACGCAUCCGCGUGGUGAACCGGUCGCUCACAAUCGACGAGACGGUGAUGGGAAUGCGCAAACGUCUAGAAGUACCGCAGCACAUAAGUCGGCCCGCCUGCCCCAUUGUGCCCGCCGGAAUUGUUAGGGAGAGAAUCAAAUUCCAUUGA